CAAUGAAUGGAAUAUAAAUAGCAGCCAAUAGAAGGAUGUCUGCAGACUUGUAUAUAAAGGAGGUGGAGUUAGCUUCUAGCACACAUCCUUCAGGUCUGAUCAGGAGCUGCUUGGGGGUGAGUCCGGUGUCCACAACCAGUUCUAGCAAGUAACACAACCAGGUAAGUUGCAACGUACAUAUUUACUAAACAGCAGGGAGGAGAAUUGCAAAACACAGUAAAUAACGUUUUAUUAUUUAUUUUAAUGUUGCAUAAACCUCCUGUCCAGCUGUGGGGUUAAAAUCAAUGAGAUCUGCUGCAGUAGAAGAACUGGGGGCAGGAGGGUGGGCUGUACAUUUGCUGGCGGCUUGUGAAGCAAUGGGGGUUAAUUCAUGUCCUUGGGGUAUGUCUAUGUGGCUGGGGCGUUUACAGUCUGCAUUAGGGGCAGUAUCUGCAGUGUUUUAGAAGAAUAAGAGCCUGAUCUGGAAUAAAGAGAGAAUUAUCACUGGUGGCCUGAAAGCGAGCUCUGUCUUGGUAUAAAAAACCCUGCAAUUUCUAGUGACAAGGUGACUUGGAAUUUUAAUUGAAAGGAUGCAUGUUUACAGAGAAUGGAGGUUUGGGUUGCUAGUUCAAUCCAUUCUAGUGCUGCAAAGCUGUUCUCUAAAGUCCACUUGCAAAAAGCUGAAUGUGUGCUAAAUGCUGGUCCCAGCUCGACACCGCCAUCUACUGACAGAUUUUAUUUCUGCUGCCUCAGUGGUAAUGUGUCGCUUAAUCCUUCAAUGAAAAUUGUUCUUCUGCAAUGUCUGUUUUUAUCUGUGCAAUUCCUGAUCGUGUGAUUGCAGCUAUUAAUUAAGUCUUGUCUUUUGUCUCCCUCUAUCAUAAUGCGGGUUUUUUAAUUUUUUUUUAUUAUUUUUUUUUUAGUAUGCAUACCAGCAGCAAUGGAAUGAAAUUGGAAUAUAAUAUAAAUUUCUUUUUUUUUUUUUUUUUUUUUUCCUGCCGUAGACUUGGGAGUCUCUUGCAAUAAAUUAUUCUCAUUAUAGACCUGAGCAUAAGAUUUGAUUUUGCAAUUGUAUAUGCUAAUUAUGUUGAGUUUGCAUUGUGUUCUAAUUCCAUUGACUAAGCUAUGAAAGUGGUUUUUUUUUAUUUUUUUAUUUUGGCAUUUAGAUAUUGAACAAGCAUUAAUUUUUAUUUUUCUUAAUCUGUAAAUUUUGGUUUAAUCUCUACUACUCUGUUUGUGGGAAGUUUAUCUUUCCUCGCAAAAAACAAAAUUUUAAGAAAUCUAACACUGUAUUUAUGUGUAAAUGUCACAUUUGUUAUAGCGUACUAUUUAAAGAGCCAAAAGUAGAUUGUAUGAGCCUGUCUGAUAGUCCUAAGGUCACUAUGAAGAUCAUAUUGUGAUCAUGAAGAUAAAAUGUCCUAGAUUAUGAAUUUACACCUUAUUCCUAUCCUCUUGCAGUAAAAGUGCAAUCAUGCCUUUUGGAAAUACGCACAAUGCCUGUAAACUUAAAUAUUCCGUCGACGAAGAGUUCCCAGACCUGAGUAAGCACAACAAUCAUAUGGCCAAGGUGCUCACACCGGAACUGUACGCCAAACUGAGGGAUAAGCAGACCGCUGCUGGAGUUACCGUGGAUGAUAUCAUUCAAACUGGGGUCGAUAACCCAGGUAACUAAUGGAAUUUUUAUAUGUAAAAAGUGGUUGGUUUUUUGUUUUCCGACUUGUCCAACAAUGACGUGGCAGAGCCAGGAUUUUAACCUUGGGAAUGUAAAGGGAACAAGGUUUUUUUUUUUUUUUUUUUUUGUUCAUCCAAUUUGGGGUGAAUCUAAAUAAUCAACCAGCUGCAAUGAUAACGCAUUGUACUAGCUAAUCAUUGGUCCGGUGUAUCUCUGCACUGAAGAUCUCCCAUGCUAACCUGUAUUGUAAAAUGUAUCCAGCACAGAUUGUUCUCUAAAUCUGUUCUCUAGACAUGUUUGGUAGUAUGUCUUGUGCCAGGCUUGGGUUAGCAAAUCCCAUCCUCUGUAAACUUGUGGUUUGAGUCACAUGUGCCAGCCAAGAGUUCGAUGGAUAGCCUCAAAUUUUUUAUUUUUUUUUGUAUUUUUAACUUGGUGCUAAGACUUUAGCUACAUGCUCAGCUCUAGAUACUGUAUCUAUAGAAAUUCUAACCUAAUGACUGUCAACAUGACCUGUGUAUUAGGAGCUACUCGAGAAAUUAAAGCCAGAGAGGACAUAUCUGUAUCAAGGUCACUUCAUCACUUCAUUCUUAUGUUGUGCUCGUUUAGGACACCCAUACAUUAUGACCGUGGGAUGUGUCGCUGGUGAUGAAGAAUCAUAUGUAACAUUUCAGGAUCUCUUUGACCCCAUUAUUGAGGACCGACAUGGAGGUUAUAAGCCAACAGACAAACACAAAACUGACUUGAAUCCUGCAAAUCUUAAGGUAAGAGUGAUGUGGCCUGCAGUCUCUCUGUGAGCGAGAGAUAAUGUAUAUACAUACACCAAUCAGCAGGAACAUUAAUUUUAUUUCCUUGGUGACUGAGCCCAAAAUUGUUAUGAACAUAAACAAGCUUGGAGUGUUGCAUAUUAUUUAUUUAUAAAAUAUUUUACCAGGAACGAUACAUUGAGAUUUCUCUCGUUUUCAAGUAUGUCCUGGGUCUUUGUACUUUGCUCACAAAACUGGCCUGAGACACUAAUGGCAAAAAGUGUGCUUACAAAUGUUAACAGUUGUAGGGGUCGAAUCCCAUGGUGGAACAGAAAUGUAGUUUGUUCUAGAAUAGAACAUUUACAAUAUGAUUAUAGAAACAUCCCUAAAAAUAAGUCUUAAGUAGGGUGUCUUCCUGUCUUUGCUUCUAGUAGGAUUUCUGAACACUGAAAUGUUGUUUCUUGAAUUUCCCUUUGUAAAUUAAUUUUUACAUCCCUGUUUAGGGUGGUGAUGAUCUAGACCCAAACUAUGUUCUCAGCUCCCGUGUUAGAACUGGAAGGAGCGUUCGUGGAUUCAGCCUUCCUCCUCACUGCAGCCGUGGAGAGAGACGGGCUGUCGAAAAGCUGUCAGUUGAAGGUAAUUUAUGCUGUUUAUGCAAUUUUACUUCACGUGUGCCAUGCAGCAAGCCUUCAAGGUCACUGCAAACCACACCUCUGUGCAUUGUGCGCUCUUGGCAGGAGUGUUAUCACACCGUCACACACAGCUGAUAACUGGCGUUCAUUGACUUUAAGUGCACAAGAAGACUGAAGCAGGAAUUAACAUAUUUGAAAUCUAUAAAAUAAAAAGCUAAUUAAUGAACAAUGGCCUACUAAUAUUCAUACAAAGCACUUUGCAAUACAAACUGCCUAAUUUGUGUAUCAUUGCCCAAAAAGUUAGACCACAUUGAUUGGGGGUGUGGUUUCCUACACCAGUUUACUGAACCCACCAUGCACUUAAAUCUUCAGUAGAGGGCACGAGAGUCUGACCCCUGAUAAUUUUCUGCAGAAACUACAGGUCCCCUCCUAAAGUUGGGGUGAACCAGCUCAACUAUGUCUAUUUUAGACUAGCUCCCUAAUAUGCAUGCAUUGUAUUUUUAUUUAAGGAGAACCUAAACUAGAGUGAGCUUGCAAAUUAAAUAAAUGCAUAACCUAAGAAUAAUCUGAUUAAUCACUGAAAUAAGCAUUUCUGGGAAUUUAAAUUGAAUUUUAAAGUUUAGGCUGAAGGAGCUGAAUUAAGGAAACACUUAAAUCCGUUCAGUCUCUACUUUGGGUGUUUCUGCCUUAAAUUUGAAAUCCAGUUCUCACUAACCGGUUAUUGCAGAACCGCAGAUUCAUCUGUAGAAGUGAUAAACUAACACGGGAGUCACAUUUUAAGGCUAACCUGGGAGUAUAGCUGAAUUGUAAGGUGUGAAUGGUCUGUUUCAGCAAGUGAUUUAUAAGCUGUACUGUUGGCAUACUAAGUAAAGCCAGUGAUGACUAAUCAGUGUAGACUGCAGAGUUAAGUUUAGUUUUUUUUUGUGUUUUUAACCUUGCAUUGAAGCACAUUACUGCGAUGAACUAUAUGUUGAGCAUCCAGCUUUAAAUUUGACUUUCCAAAUGCAUAUGUGCUUAGUGAUCGCUGUCCCAGCCACACUGUGCUCUGCGAGAGGCAAUAACCUUCUAGGGAAAUGUUUUCAGUGUCAGAAAUUCAGAUAAAUACCUUCCUGUAUAUGGUAUGGCCUUGUGCUCCGACUUGCCAAGUCUUUCAUCGAGACAUACUGAUUCCUGCGCAAAUGUGGGAAAAAAGGUGUUAAAUCUUUUAACGGUCACAUGGUACUGUGUCAUUUUUGUGUAUAACACAUACUUGUAAAAGCUUUCCUUGCAAGAACAGAAAUGUCUUGAUUUUAGUGGUUUUUGGCUAACCUUCCAUUGAAUUUUCCUUCCAACUAAUUCAGUUGUACUUUUGUUGCCAAUAUAAAGUGUUUGGGAACUUCCUGAUCUUGCAGACAUUGUUCACUACAUCACCCAUGAUGCUGUGCAAGCCUACUGACCUAGAAUUUGCAUAUGAAUGUUAAGCAUUGUUUUUGGAAGUAUCCAAUUUUGACUUUAUUCUCCUUUUCCCUGUUCUCAGCUCUUGCUAGUCUUGAUGGCGACCUAAAAGGAAAGUACUACGCUCUGAAAAAUAUGACUGAUGAAGAACAGCAACAACUUAUAGAUGACCAUUUUCUCUUUGAUAAACCAGUUUCUCCUCUACUUCUGGCCUCUGGAAUGGCUCGGGACUGGCCUGAUGCCAGAGGGAUCUGGUACGUCCCUAUUGAAUUUCUCCGUAUGGAAUGAAACUACUGGCUAUUAACAUCCUAAAGAACAUUCUUUCUAUAUCAAUAAUAGAACUACCUAAUGUGGGGUUAAUUCAUUGUAGCAAACAAGAAUCUUGUAGAAUCUAGGGAAAAUUAGCAGAUCUGUAAAUACUGAAAUGCUAUAUUUAUAGCUUGUCUGUGUUUUAGCCCAAGGUCUCCUAUAUAGACUUCAGUCUAGUGUAGGCAUAGGCAACCUUCGGCACUGCAGAUGUUUUGGAUUACAACUACCAUGAUGCUUUGCCAGCAUUAUGGGUGUUCUGGGUGUAAGAGCAUUAUGGGGAUGUAGUCCACAUCUGGAGUGCCAAAGGUUGCCUACCCCUGGUCUAGUGAAUGAAUCUGCAUGUGUGUUCUCCUCCCACCACCCCCUCUUCUUGGAGGUUUAAAUGGAGACUGUGAGGGUCAUCCACACUUCUGGUCUGAUCAUAAUACCUUCCUUUUCCUGAGGAUGAAAUGCAAACUAAAACUCAGUGUUCGAGAUCCAAAUUGGAGGACAGUUAACAUUCGCAUGCAUUAUUCAAAGAUCUCGAUGCUGUGAAUCACUUAUGCAACAGUGUGUAGUCUGGCAUUAGUCUAAGCGGUUUAAAUAUUUAGGUUCUUGGAUUUAGUUCAAUUGAUGGCCUGGCUUUAAUCUGGGCUUUUGCUCACAGUACCUUGACCUGUGGCAGGUUUUUUAUUUAUUUUUCUCUGUAAGCUGCAAAGCUAAAUAUAGUGGUGUAUUUAAAUUGUGUUUAACCCUCCCAUCACAGCAGUACCAUGACUUAAAGGGAAUAGUAACUCAAGUUCAGCCUUCCUCACAUCAGUUUUUUGCUGUUGCUCCAAAAGAAGGGAAAUAAAAACCCAGUUUGAAGCACUUCCAAUUUUGAAACAAACCAGGAAAAAAAUUCCUUCUUGACCCCAGAAUGGCAGUCAGAUUAAUCCUUAGAUCAAGAAGCUAUUACCCUACAUCUAGGUGCAAGAGUCUUGUUUGGACAGGUUUCCAAUAACUUGUCUAUCUGAAUCCAGAACACUCUUGAUUUAAGUCUCGUAUUGUUUCUCAGUCAGUGAAGGUGAGGGCACUGUUGUACAGAAAUCAAGAGAUGGUAUUAUUUCUAACAGGCGUGUAAUAGAGCCCAGCUGUAUAAUGUGACUAUGUUUAACUUCCCCCAACGAGGCCUUUCUAUAACCUGUAAAAGGGGUACUAGACCUAAUUUAACAUUGCUUCUUACUGUUUGGCAUUUCAGGCAUAAUGACAACAAGACUUUCCUUGUCUGGAUCAAUGAGGAGGACCAUCUCCGUGUGAUCUCGAUGCAGAAGGGGGGAAACAUGAAGGAGGUCUUCAAUAGGUUCUGCACUGGGCUUACUAAAGUAAGUGUAGCUGUAAAUAAAGGUUUGUCUCUUGUCUGGCAAUGAGCUAAACAUUCCAAAUCUACUUUAACCUGGCUGCAGCAAGGUUGGGAACCUAGUCCUAUUUUGCUAACUAUUCAAUAUACAUUAAUGGCACUCAGACCACUUCAGCUCAUUGAGGUGGUCUGGGUGUAUAGUCCCAGGUCCAUUAACCCUGCAAAGCUAAUUAUUGCAGUUAAAACAAACUGCAAUAAUUAGAUGAAUGGAGUAACUCCAUCUCUAGUGGCUGUCUAUCAAACAGCCACUAGAAGGACAUCUAGGUCGUUGGGCGAUUUUUGGUUCCCUAACUGACUCUAGACGUGCAGGAGGGGGAAUUAUAGUGCCAGUUUUCCUUUAACAUUAUUUGAUCAUUGAUUCCCAUUCGAUUUAAUCUUCCAUCCAUUAUAAUGCCCUAGAAUGUUGGUUGUAAAUGUUUUAUAUAUAUAUAUAUUUUUUUUUCUUUCUAGAUCGAAUCUCUCUUUAAGAAUAAAAACUACGAGUUCAUGUGGAACGAGCACCUUGGUUACGUUCUGACAUGCCCAUCCAACCUUGGAACUGGCCUCAGAGCUGGUGUUCACAUUAAAUUGCCAAAUCUCAGCAAGAAUGACAAAUUUGGAGAGAUCCUUAAGAGACUCAGACUUCAAAAGCGAGGAACAGGUAAGCGCCUACCUGGAACAGGAACUCUAUAUCCAGUCCAGCAAUAUAUAUAAUAUAUAAUUUUCACCUCCGGGAGUCUCCUUGCUUCAGUCUACCUCAUGUGUAGUCAAACUUAGUCAUGACUUGUGUACAAUCAAGGUACAUGGACACAAUGUGGAGUUGAUCUGCUAAAAAGCAAUCUAUAAAAAGUGUGAUGUAUGGUUGUUUUUUUUUUUUUUGUUUUUUUUUUAUUAUUAUUUAUUUAUUUUUUCUUCUCUCCCUUAUUCCUGUGGCUCAAUGCUGCCACACUGUAGGCAGCUCAAUUAAAAUAACAGACUACAAGAUCUGACAUCUCACCUUCACCACUUCUUAAGUGGAUUUAUAAAUGUGUAAACUUAAAAUCGGGCAGAAGAGACAUGUCGUUAACCUCAAAGCACUGCAGCGUUCUGAAUUGCCCCAGUGGAAUAGACGGGACAUUUAACUCAUGCACAUAAAUGAACAAGACUUGCAUUGCACAAUGAAAUAGGCAUAGUUUUAUCACGAAUGUGAAUCAUUGAAACCUGAGAUUUUAUGCCCUCUAAUCAGACUUGGCCAGACAUGUGAUUCACCUUAAUUUUGCAACCCUUAACACAACAGCACUUUAUUAAACUGGACGCUGUAUUCACUAUAAUGUGAUCUGUGUCUAGAUCCAGAAAUAUCUACAUUCAAAUAGCAUUUCAGCAAUCUAGAUGCCCAUCUUCCCAAUCCCACAAGUUAUAGCAGGUUUCCUUUACAUAGUUGACCAUUUCUUCAGAUGCCAAUCUAGUUUAGGCUAACUAUUGAACCCAUCUGUAUAUUUGACAAAAAACCCUGGCUUAUUCAAUAUAUGCAUUGAGCAAUAAAAAACCAUAUAUAAUUUUUUUUUUUCUUUUUUUUUUUCUUCAGGUGGUGUAGACACAGCUGCUGUUGGAGGAGUCUUCGAUGUGUCCAAUGCUGACCGCCUGGGUUUCUCUGAGGUCGAGCUCGUUCAGACAGUGGUUGAUGGGGUAAAACUCCUUAUUGAGAUGGAAAAACGUCUGGAGAAGAACCAAUCCAUUGAUGACCUCAUCCCAGCAGCAAAGAAAUGAACGCACUAUUAAUGGCCAUGCUUUCUAAUUUAUUGGAUGACAAAUAGCAUCACUCAAGAAGACCUUGGAACCCAAUUCCUGCUUAGUAACACUGUAGAGAUUGUCUUCCAUCUGUUCAUGUUUUAGAGUUUAUUUUUCCGUUUGAUGGCUGCAAUGUUACUGAAUAUAGAAAAUAAACGGUCUUGCCUUCACAUGUGUUCUGUGUAUCCGUGAGACUAGUCUGGGUAUGAAGACCUACCACUGGGCCAG